AUGGCUAGCCCACAGGUUCUCGUGUUCGAUGCUGAGGGCCGCCCUGUGAAGUUUGACACCUGGCUCGAUGACCUGCACCUCUACCUACAGCUCACAGCCAAGGAUGACAUCUCACUGUACGAUCACGCCCUAGGCCAUGUCACUGCCCCUGCUGCUACUGCUGACAGCACUGCUCGCUCACAGUGGCAGACUCGUGAUGCCCACGCUCGCUUCGCCAUUCGCAACUCCCUGCCGAUAGACGAACGCGAGCACUUUGGUCAGCACAAGACUGCACAGGCACUGUACACAGCUGUAGUUGCUCGCUACUCCUCACCUGCCUCUGCCGCACUAGGCCGUCUCUCCCUCCCCUACCUGUUUCCCGACCUGGCCUCCUUUCACACAGUCGCUGACCUCAUCACGCACCUCCGUACUAGUGAGGCCCGCUUCCGUGCCGCCAUGCCUGCUGAGUUCCUUGCCACGCACCCCCCUCCACUCUGGCUCACUCUCUACCACCUAGUCACCCGCCUCCUUGACACACUGCGUGCUGUCAGGGACCACUUCCUAGCUCGUUGCCCCACUGAGCUCACCAUUGCCCUCCUCGAGAAGGAGCUACUUGCAGCUGAGACUAGCAUAGUCGCUGUAGGUGCCUCUCGUGGCGACCCCCGUACCCCGUUCUUUGAGGGGUGUUCUCCUUCCCCCCUUCUUCCCUCUGUCGCCUCUGCUGCUGCUGUCGACCUUCUUGGUACUGAGAAGGUCGGUGCUCCGCCUGCCUCGAGCGGACGCCGCAGCGGCAAGGGCAAAGGGGGCAAGGGUGGUGGCGGUGUUGGCGGGGGAGGCGGCGGUGGGGGCGGUGGAGGCAGUGGGGGUGGUGGCUCGGCUGGAGGGGCGAGUGGUAGCGGUGGGGGUGGUGGCGGCAGCGGCGGGGGAGGUGGCAGGAGUGGAGGCGGCGGUUGGGGUGGCGGUGGACGAGGCGGCGGCAGGGGUUGGGGUGGUCGAGGAGGUGGCAGCGGUGGUGGUGGCCGUGGAGGCACUGGCGGUGGCCAGGGCCAGCAGCACACUCCCUCGCCCCAGGAGGUCCGUGAGUGGUACUCUCAGCACGGGGGUGGGGGUGGUCUCAGCUGCACGUACGUCAUUCGCACUGGUGACCGCACUGACUUUGAUGCUAUUCUAUCUGCCAUGUAUGUGAUGUCUACUAGUGGAGAGGGUGCUGAGUACUUGUGUGUGCCGCCCGACCCGGGCAUUAGGGCCAGUGCGUCUGCCGCUCCAGGUGCUCGCGUGUCGGCUACCCCAGGUGCUGGUGAGGCUGCUGCUCUAGGUGCUCGUGUGUCUCCCCCCCUUGGUACUGCGUCGACUGCCGCACUGCACACCUUCACACUGGACUCAGGUGCUUCUCGCUGCUUCUUUCGUGACCGCACUGCCCUUGAGCCGCUUGCUGGGCCAGUUGCUGUCUCCCUUGCUGACCCCUCUUGGGGUUCGGUCAUUGCGACCACUUCCACUGUCCUUCCGUGCCCUGCGGUCCCGUCGGGCACACUGUCAGGUCUCCACCUCCCCUCGUUCUCUACGAACUUGGUGGCAGGAUGUGCACUCCAGGACGGGGGUGUUCACCAGUUCACCCCUGCCUACGAGCGCGUGACACACUUCACGUGUGCUCGUACGGGCCGUCACUUGGCUACCUUCACUCGGCAGCCAGGGUCGGACCUGGUCCUUCCUGCCCUCCCACCCUCGCCUGCUCCUACCUGUUUCCCCUGUGUCGAGGGACGGCAGCGCGCCGCUCCUCACACCUCUUCGUUCCCCCCGACGACUGCUCCCUUGCAGACACUCCACAUGGACGUGUGGGGCCCAGCCCGCGUCCGUGGUCAGGGUCAGGAGAGGUACUUCCUGAUAGUUGUUGACGACUACUCGCGCUACACCUCGCUCAGCGAGCGUUUUCACUCGGACUUUCCUGUCCUGCGCUUGCACUUUGACAGAGAAGGUGAGUUCUCCUCCGACCUCUUGGCAGCUUACUGUGCUGAGCACAGCUUUGAGCAGUCGUUCACGCUUCCGGCUUCUCCACAGCAGAAUGGGGUUGCGGAGCGCCGCAUUGGCCUGGUCAUGGAGGUCGCCCGUACCUCCUUGAUCCAUGCGGCUGCCCCCCACUUUCUGUGGCCGUUUGCGGUCCAGUACGCUGCGCAUCAGCUCAACCUCUGGCCCCGUGUCUCCUUGCCGGAGACCUCGCCCACGCUGCUGUGGACGGGGGAGGUUGGCGAUGCGUCGCGUUUCCGGAUCUGGGGGUCUCGAGCUUUUGUCCGCGAUUCGUCUGCGUCUUCCUCGGCUUUCUCCCGUUCGGGAGCUCCCCUCCCGCGAGCGGAUCCGUGA